UUUAAAAUCAUCAACUAUUUCCAUCCAUUUUAACAAUGACAAACUCGGGUGAACCCCUAUUGUCCGUUCAUCAGUUCAUUGAACAGCUUAAAGAUGAUGGAAACGGAAACCUUAAACACUAUCGCCAUUUUCAGGAAAUUUCUAGAAACGAAUUGACUGCCGACAUUGCAGGUAUUCCUAUUCCAUGCAGCGAAUCGCCGAUUCAGAAAUUUAUUCAUGGAGAUAUAUUUGAAUACGCAGUACAACAAGCUGCUGGACAUACGUCACAGAAGGAUGAUCCUUGGAAAAAGUUCAAAGAGUUAUACCCAAAUAUCAAACCGAAAGAGAAGAAACAGUACAGUCUCUUUAUGGAAAAAGCUGGAGACGCUGCAUGGGGAAUUCUUAACAAAAAUGUAAAAAAGUUAUACGGCCGGAAAAGUAAAACCACAACUUACUCAUUCGGACAUCAUAUUAAAAACUACGACAUUUUCCCGUUCUUAACAAAGAAAUUAGAAGCGGAUGUAUUGGUAACAUCAUCACCGAGUGUUGUCUGUGAUAUCAAAUACUCAACGAUGAAGAAAGAGAAAUAUGAAGAGGAAUAUUUAGUACAUGCUGUUAUACAAGUUCUCAUCUACUCCCUCGCUCUUGAUUUGGAUCCAUUAACAUUACAGUUGAUGGUUCUCGUUUUCUAUAGCAAAACGGCAGAGGCAGUGUUAUAUAAAUCAGAUAUUCAUCAACAGGAACAUUUAGUAAAUGAUCUUUUAAAGAAGCUCACAAGAAACAAAGCUACGAGGAAUCAAACACAACCUCGUAAGACGGGUCCCAAAAAAGAGAAGACAGCUCCCGAUGAAGUCAAAACUGUUAACAAAAAGACGACAGCUCCCGACAAAGUCAAAACUGUUUACAAAAAGACGACAGCUCCCGAUGAAGUCAAAACUGUUAACAAAAAGACGACAGCUCCCGACGAAGUCAAAACUGUUUACAGGAAGAUAACAACUAAACGAGUAAAGAUCUACACUGACGACAAUGAAAAUGGCGAUGAGUUUACAGAUGACGACGAAAUUAUCGAUGAAUUAACGUCUGCAGUCCAUGUUGGAUUCCAGAAUGUUAAGACAUUAGUUCCAGUGUUUGUAGCCAUCAUUGCUGUUCUAAUAGUUAUUAUUAUAAUAAAAUCAAUAGAAUGAGGAACCAAUAAUUAUAGGGAAUGAUGAAUAUAAAACGUUGGUCCAUAUGACAGACAAUACGCACUACAAAAAAACGUUGUCCUGCAUAUUGUUCUAACAGUAAUGUCGGUCCUGCCUUUAUUUUAUUUUAGUAUCCUGCCUUUGUUUGCAGUGUCUAAUCCUGCCUGUUUUUUCAUCUCAAAAUUUUGUUCUGCCUUUUUUUAAUCCUAACCCAGCAUCCCCCCUUUUUUCAUUAAAGUGCUUUCAAGCACUGAACGGUAAAGAUUGCUUCAACUUAUUUGUGGGAAGUAAAAUCAA